AUGGCCAUCCAAUCCCGCUUCGCUCUUCUCCUCACCCUCUGCCUCUUCGCCACCUCUGGUCUCGCCGCCCCAGUCCCAGGUGCGCCCGCCGUUAACCCGGAUACCAACGAGCUCGUCGGACAAAACACGAUAUCCGCACUCGGUAAACCUGUAAACGUCCCCCGCGCCGGUCUUUCAGCCGCCAGCCUUCCUUUCCUAGUCAACCCCGACACGCUUCCUGUCGCGCCCGCCCACGGUGCUGGCUCGAAACGUGACCCUCGGUACACUAAUGACCUGCACGCCAGCUCUCCCGCCAAGGUCGUGCAAGUCGAAUCCGACCACCAGGGUCAGAAGGCUCCGGUCUCUUCCCGCGCCGCCACCACCAUCCCCCAACACGUCGACGGUGCUAAGCUCAGCCGCAGACAUGACGAUACCACCACCUCCUUCAGUGCUCCCCUCAACGCCGUUAAGGGCUCCAGCCAUGGAUACUCUGAAAAACGUGAUGCUGUUCCUCAGUCUGACUCAGGGAAGAGUGACGAGACCAUGCAGGCCACCGCACCCGGCAACGUCGCUGUCCAAGACCACAAGUACCAGGAGCGUAGUGACAAUGCCGCCCCCGCCGUCGAUGCUGUCAAACUUGGCACGAGGAAGAACGACGAGACGACGGAGGUCGCCGCUCCUAUGAAAGCUGUUGACUUCCAGGAUCACAAGUAUGCCGAUUCACCUACGGGUGGUCCCCUCUCUGGGCUCCUUGGUGGUCUCACUGGCGGCUCCUCGUCCGGCACCUCGUCUUCCCCACUCGCUCUUCUGCGCGCCGGCAAGAUGCAAUCUCGCAAGCACGACCAGAAGAACGAACUCGACACGCUCCUCGGUGGAGAGCUCGAUGACCACUCGUACUCUGACGAUAGGAAACGCGAGGAUGACUCUAAGGGUUCCGAGCUUAAGGUUGGUCAGGUUCAAGCUCGUAAGCACGACGAGACUAUGCACCUUGGGACGCCCCUUGGCGGCGCCCUCGACUACCACCCGUACUCGGACAACAGGAAGCGUUCGAAUGACCAGACGGUUCACGAGGACGCCCCUCUCGGUGGAGGUGUUGGCUACCACCGCUACGGUGACAAGCGCCAAUAUUCCUCCGAUGGCCCGAGCCCGAGUAUGGUUCCCUUCGAUGAGAGUACCUUCACCCACUCCGCUAGGAGCGCGACGGAGACGGUCCUCCUUGUUGGUGACGAAAACGGCCUCGUAUAUGGGCAAUACAUUCACUAUUCCUGGGCUCGUUCUCCAGUCUGUCAGCCUGAAGCGCCGUCCAAACGAUGA